GAGGCCGAACAUGUGUUUCCUCAAAAAUUCAACGCAUCCAAAUUCCUCACGUCUUUACUUGUUCAUUAUAAAACAGGUACGCCCGCUCGUCCACAGGAUCAAAUAAAACUAGCAAAAUGGAAACUGAAAAUUCAGUGCCAGUAAUUGAUUUACAGGAUUUUCCAAGGCAAUCAUCAAAGUUCAUUAAAGUUUGUGAAGAAUGGGGAUGCUUCAGGAUUUUGAACCAUGACAAUAUUCUUCCAGUUUCACUCAUGGCAGAGAUGAGGGAAGUGGUGAGGACAUUGUUCGAUCUUCCAACUGAAAUCAAGAAAUGUAAUAAGGAUGUGAUAGCUGGAUCUGGGUAUAUGUCCCCUAGUGAAAAGAAUCCACUUUAUGAGGCUUUGGGUCUCUACGAUAUGUCUUCUCCUGAAGAUGUUGAUGCUUUCUGUACUCAGUUAGAUGCAUCCCCGCAACAGAGAGAGACAAUCAAGAAGUAUGCUGCAGCAAUUCAUGGACUAAUGAUGGACAUCAUGCGAAAAAUGGGUGAAGGGUUGGGACUGGAAAAUGUUUCCUUCGAGGAUUGGCCUUGUCAGUUUAGGAUUAACAAGUACCACUUCACUCCAGAAGCUGUAGGUUCCUCUGGGGUUCAGAUACACACAGACUCGGGAUUCCUUACUAUUCUACAGGAUGAUGAAAACGUCGGUGGUCUUGAGGUAAUGAAGAAAUCUGGUGAAUUUGUUGCAGUUGAUCCCUGGCCAAAUACCCUCCUUGUGAAUCUUGGAGACAUAGGCACGGUAUGGAGCAAUGGAAGAUUUUACAAUGUGAAGCAUAGAGUGAUAUGCAAGGAAGCAAAAAUACGGUGGUCUAUUGCUUCAUUCCUCUUGGGACCUAGAGAAAUAGCAGUGGAACCACCACCGGAGCUGGUUGAUGCUGAACACCCCCGUGUCUAUGUUCCAUUCACUUUCCAGGAUUAUAGAAAGCUCCGGUUGUCAACAAAGUUGCAGGCGGGUGAAGCUCUUGAUCUUAUGCGCACUAACUUGUAAAACUUUCCCAAGUAUCUUAUGGCAUCCUUUAUACAUACUGAUUAGACUAAUGAACCAGGAAGUAGGAAGGGGAAAAUAAACCUUGUGGGAUUUCUUCUACGAUGGUCAGCGAUCUAAUACUAGAAUAGCCUCUAUAAUGGCAUAAUAUGCUUUGCGUAAUUUAUGCAUAUCAACUAAGCAUUUGUGAUCCAUCUUUAUAUUGUGCUCUUCUGUUAUCUAGUGCUUUUUUAAAGAGUCGAACAAGUCUUUAUCUCUACAUUUUAA